CAGGCGGGUUGGGACUGCAAAGGCCGGCGCUGAGUUAUAUCCCGAAGCGUGGGAGUUGGAGGGGAAAGCCUCGGCCCCGGACCGGCGCAGGCCGCUCUCUCACGCUCCUUCCUGCCUCUGUGCCUGCUGCCAUGUGGGCCGCCCUGAGAUUAGCUUUGCGGCCGUGCGCUCGCGCCGCUGCCCCCGCGCCGCGCGCCUAUCAUGGAGACUCUGUGGCGACACUGGGCACCCAACCGGACUCGAGCUCUGCCAUCUACCAGGAAAACUACGAGCAGAUGAAAGCACUAGUAAAUCAACUCCAUGAACGAGCACAGAACAUCAGACUGGGAGGUGGUGAGAAAGCCCGAGCACGUCACAUAUCAAGAGGAAAACUGUUACCAAGAGAAAGAGUUGACAAUCUUAUAGACCCAGGGUCUCCAUUCCUGGAAUUAUCCCAGUUUGCCGGUUACCAGUUGUAUGGUGAGGAGGAGGUCCCUGCCGGUGGCAUUAUUACAGGCAUUGGGAGAGUGUCAGGAGUAGAAUGCAUUAUUGUUGCCAAUGAUGCCACUGUCAAAGGAGGUACCUACUACCCGGUGACUGUGAAGAAACACUUACGGGCACAAGAAAUUGCGAUGCAAAACAGGCUCCCCUGCAUUUACUUGGUUGAUUCGGGAGGAGCAAACUUACCUCGACAAGCAGAGGUAUUUCCAGAUCGAGAUCACUUUGGCCGCAUAUUCUAUAAUCAGGCAGUUAUGUCUUCUGAAAGUAUUAUACAGAUAGCAGUGGUCAUGGGCUCCUGUACAGCAGGAGGAGCGUACGUGCCUGCGAUGGCUGAUGAAAACAUCAUCGUACGCAAGCAGGGUACCAUUUUCUUGGGAGGACCUCCCUUGGUUAAAGCAGCCACUGGAGAAGAGGUGUCAGCUGAGGAUCUUGGAGGUGCUGAUCUUCACUGCAGAAAGUCUGGAGUAAGUGACUACUACGCUUUGGAUGAUAAUCAUGCCCUUCACUUAGCUAGGAAGAUUGUAAGGAAUCUAAAUUAUCAGAAGAAAAUGGAUGUUACCAUUGAACCUUCUGAAGAUCCUUUAUUUCCUGCUGAUGAAUUGUAUGGAAUAGUUGGUGCCAACCUUAAGAGGAACUUUGAUGUCCGAGAGGUCAUUGCUAGAAUCGUGGAUGGAAGCAGAUUCAAUGAAUUUAAAGCCUUAUAUGGAGACACAUUAGUUACAGGAUUUGCUAGAAUAUAUGGAUACCCAAUAGGUAUCGUUGGAAACAAUGGAGUUCUCUUUUCUGAAUCUGCAAAAAAGGGAGCUCAUUUUGUCCAGUUAUGCUGCCAAAGGAAUAUCCCUCUGCUGUUUCUUCAGAACAUUACUGGAUUUAUGGUUGGUAGAGACUACGAAGCUGAAGGAAUUGCCAAGGAUGGCGCCAAGAUGGUGACUGCCGUAGCCUGUGCCAAUGUGCCGAAGAUAACUGUCAUCAUCGGGGGCUCUUAUGGGGCUGGAAACUAUGGGAUGUGUGGCAGAGCAUUUAGCCCAAGAUUUCUCUACCUGUGGCCAAAUGCUCGCAUCUCAGUGAUGGGAGGAGAGCAGGCAGCUAAUGUGCUAGCGACAGUAGCAAAGGACCAAAGAGCACGGGAAGGGAAACAGUUCUCCAGUGCUGAUGAAGCAACUUUAAAAGAGCCCAUCAUUAAGAGGUUUGAAGAGGAAGGAAACCCUUACUAUUCCAGUGCAAGGCUGUGGGAUGAUGGGAUUAUCGAUCCAGUGGACACCAGGCUGGUCCUGGGUCUCAGUCUUAGUGCAGCCCUCAACGCACCCAUCCAGAAGACUAACUUCGGUAUCUUGAGGAUGUAAUUGGAAUAUAAAGCAUCUUCCAUUGGACAUGUACCAAAAAUUAAUAAAUUAGUAGCCUUAAAUUUUUAGACUUUUUCAAUAUGUGGCUAUUGCAGUAAAAUUGUUUUCUUAACACAGUGCAUUAUACUUUUCUACCUUUAAAAAACGAAUCAGUGAAGAUAUUUAUUUGAUGCACCUCAAUUCCUUGUAAAUUCUCUUAGAGAAAUUUUUCUAUGGCUCAGCUUUACCACCCUGAAAAGGAAGAGAAUAACUUUGAGUUAUCCUUUCUAAGCCAUAAGUACUAUGAAAAGUUCUGUAAUCUGUAAAUUCCAGGUAUUGUUGAGAUUUUAACAUAAAGUUGUAUUUCCACUGAACCAAUUGCUUUGCAGAUUAUGCAUGGUGAUAUUUUAACGUACUUUUAAAAAUAAACAUCUGUUACUUUUCCCUCCAGCCACCACCGUCCUCCUCUCCAUAGUUGUCAGACUUCUUGUCUGCACUCUGGGCUCUGUUUCCUACCCGUUCUCUCCUCACCCUCUCGUCUUCUGGCUUCUACUGCCAACAGCCCUCUCCAAGGUCACCACUGACCUCUAUGUUCCUGAAACCAGUGGGUCCUUUUCCGAUUUUACCUGAUUUAAUUCUCUGGGGCAUUCCAAUCAGUCAAACACUUCCUCCUAGAAAUUCUGUCCUUAGCUUCCAUUGCUGUAACACUCUAGGUUUUCCACCAGCCUCCGUGGCCAUUCUUGUUCAGUUUCCUUUGCAGGCCCCACUUCCUCUGCUCAUUCCUCCUUCCCUUUACCAUUUGUAUUGAUUUUUCAUUAGUCACAUGUGAACACAUUCUUAUUCUGAAAGAUACAAAUAGCACAAAAGUAUCUCCUUAUUGUUUAAUUGUUCUUAUUAAAAUAAUAAUUGUGGUAAAAUAUACAUAACAUAAAGUGUACCAUUUUAACCACUUUUUUGUGUGCAGUUCUGUGACAUUAAGUACAUUUACAUUGCCACCAUCCGUCUCCAGAACUUUUCAUCAUCCCAAAUUGAAACUCUAUUAUUAAACAAUAACUCCCCAUUCUCUCUUCUCCCUGCCGCUGGCACAUUUCCUUUUUUCUUUUUUUUUCUUUUGUGGUACGCGGGCCUCUCACUGUUGUGGCCUCUCCCAUUGCGGAGCACGGGCUCCGGACACGCAGGCUCAGCGGCCAUGGCUCACGGGCCCAGCCACUCCGUGGCAUGUGGGAUCUUCCCGGACCAGGGCAUGAACCCGUGUCCCCUGCAUCGGCAGGCAGACUCUCAACCACUGCGCCACCGGGGAAGCCCGCUUUUUUCUUUUUUUUUAAUUGAGAUAUAAUUGAAUAUAACAUUAUAUUAGUUUCAGGUGUACAAUAUAAUGAUUCAAUAUUUAUAUACACUGCAGAUGGUCACGAAAGUAAGUCUAGUUACCAUCCAUCAUCAAGCACAGUGACAGACUUUUUUCUUUUUUUUUCCUGUGAUGAGGACUUUUAAGAUUUACUCGCUUAGCAACUUUCAGAUAUGCAGUACAGUAUUAACUAUAGUCACCAUGUUGUACGUUCCAUCCCCAGGACUUAGUUAUUUUGUAGCCGGAAGCUUGUACCUCUUGACCCCCUACACUCAUUCUGUCCACCCCACGCCCCUCUCCUUUCUGGCAAACACCAAUCUGUUCUUUGUAUCUAUAAGCUUGGUUUUCUGUUUUGCUUUGUUUGUUUUGUUUUUUAGAUUCCACAUAUAAGUGAGAUCUUAUGGUGUUUGUCUUUCUCUGUCUGACUUACUUCACUUAACAUAGUGACCUCAAGGUCCAUCCGUGCUGUUGCAAACGGCAAGAUUUCAUUCUUUUUUAUGGCUGAAUUUUAUUCCUCCUCAUCCUUGAAUGUAUGUGUUUUACAUGGCUUGGUUUAUUCUCGCUGGGCCAUUUCAGCCCUUCUUAUGGUUUUAGUUGCCAUCUAAAUGGGGAUGAUUCCUGUCUUGACAGUUCUUAACAUAGUUCUCCCCUGAGCUCCAGACCUGUCUAUCUAACAGGUCUAAGGAACCUCAGACUCAAUCAUCAAGUUCUGUUGAUUUUGCCUCCUAACUGUCUCUUGAAUUCCGCUACCAUUUUUGUCUUUUAUGCAGGCCUUAGAAGGGGUCUACCUGCAUCCAGUCUUACCUUGUCCAAUCUCUCCAUCACUCUGGAAUUAGAAUGGCCAUUCUAAGGUGCACAUCUGUCAUGCUGCUUCCUUCCUUCCUUCUUUCACUGGUUCCCUGAAGUACCAAACCCCUAAUGGCCUCCACGGAUCUUGAUCCUCAGCUCUUCAGUCUCAUCUCCCUGACUCCUCUUUUCACACUGGGCGCUCCACCCACUCUAGACUUCUUCCAGUUCCUUAAACCUACGACGUCCUUGCCCCCUUAGAGUCUACAAAGUUCCCUGUGCCUGAACUGUUCUCUUCUCCCUUCUACUUAAACACCUAUCUUUUGUCUCUGUGAUUUCCCUGGGCUGGGUUAGACACCUGUUGUGUGCUCUCGUAGAGCACCAUCUUCUUCCUCUGUCACUUCCUCUGUCUUAUAUGUUUAUAAGAAGUAUAAACAUUUCUUUAAUAUUGCCCUCCUGCUAGAAUGUAAGCUCUGUGGGAGCAGGGAUCCUCCUGUUUGGCCUGUAUCUCCAAUGCCUGGCACUUGUAGAUGCUCAAAUACUUGUUGAAUGAAUGAAAAGUCCAUAUUUUAAUUGUAUCCUCAGGCCACAUCAUUUUAAAAUAAAGUGAUUGAUUAUAUGAUCUAAAACAACUAUCA